GGGCACAGAACUUUCAAAGUAUCGGUGAACUAAAAAUACAUCUGAGAAACAUGAAAAUUUGUACAUUUGAAAAAUAGUAUUUUCAAUCAGGGAUAUGUCUAAUGCAAAGGUUGACGAGUUAGAUUGGUUGCAAGUACGAGAAGAGUUAGAUAGCGCGUAUGUUCAGGAGACGAUACUUGAAAGGACGAAACGUAAAUCGCGCGAGAAUCCAUUCGUACCGAUAGGAUGUAUUGGAACUGCAGCAGCACUGACUUAUGGACUUUACAACUUUUACAGAGGAAAUAGACAAAUGCAACAAUAUAUGAUGCGAACGCGUGUUGCUGCUCAAGCAUUCACAAUUUUUGCCAUGGUAGCAGGAUUUAUAUUAAUCGGACCGAAAUCAAAGUAAAACAUCGUGACAUUAGUUUAUGAGCAUUAUUACUAUCUGUUUCUCCUGCUGUAUGGAAAAUGUAUAUAAACUAUUUUUGCACUCGUUAUAUCGAGUGAAAUAUAUCUAGUAAAUACAAUGUAUUUCUAGACGAGAACAAUGUUUUAAAGCAGGCAUGUAAAAAUGUAUUUAUAAUUAUAACUAUGAUUAUAUUUAAUACAAAUAAUGUUAAUUGCCAAAACAUAUUCUUGAUAUCUUUUCGUACAACAUAAAACUAUAUGGAUAAAUUUCAUAGCAACUUAUUUUCCUUGAAAUUACAUGCACAAGUUAUAUUACAUAAUAAACUCUUUGGAAGCAAA